CCUGACUCCUGACUCCCUCAUAGCGGGGGCCUCUCGCGUGCGUCGUCGACUGUCGCAACGAGCCAAUCGACCCAAUGGAUGGCUCCUCGGCGGAACCGGUCCGCCCACCUUCUUAAGCGGAGAAAAAAGCGGACGCCUGCGUGACUCCAACUCCAGUCUCUCUCCCUUUCGCCAUCGCCCGUCCCAAUACCCUCAUUUUCGUCUCUGUCCCUGCAAGUGUCCGGCUGCCCGCAGAUACCUUGCGCCCUGUUUAUACCACCCAUACGCCCCCCUGAACAGACUUCCGCGAUCAAUUCAUAUCCUUGCUCCGAGAAUGAGUCCUCCCGCCGCCGUAGAUGAGAUCGUGGGCUCGGCUCCCACUUCCGGCCCACUGGUGGUCGAUGCCAUCCCUGCCCUGAGGGCCAAAAGCGCCCAGAUUCCCACGGGUAUUGCGCCGGCCACGAACAGUGACAUGUUCAAGAGCCAGCACUGCUACACCAAGCCUCAGUCCAAGCGCUGGGACCAUAUCUUCUCCAUCGAGUCGAAGGCCCGGAAGAGUUCGACCCUGAAGGAAGCGGCGAGAUACCUCAAGAACCCCGGCCUCAUCUCCCUGGGCGGCGGUCUCCCCUCCCCGGAAUAUUUUCCCUUCGAGCAACUGUCCGUCAAGGUUCCCACGGCGCCUGGCUUCACCCCGGAGGAGACCCACACUUCCGGUGCGGUGUUGACCGCGAAUAAGGGUGACGUGCGUGAGGGGAAGAGCAUCUUUGACUUGGAGGUCGCUCUGAACUAUGGACAGGCUACGGGAACCCCGCAGCUGCUGAGGUUUGUGACGGAACACACUGAACUCAUUCAUAACCCCCCCUAUUCCGAUUGGCAAUGCUGCCUGACGGCCGGUAGCACUUUCGCGUGGGACACGAUACUCCGCAUGCUUUGCGACCGGGGUGACUACAUCCUGAUGGAAGAAUACACCUUCUCGAGCGCCCAGGAGACGGCGCUGCCCCUCGGCAUUCGCGUGGCCCCAGUCGGUAUGGACGGACAAGGUCUCCUGCCCGAGUCUCUCGACGAGGUGCUCAGCAACUGGGACGAAGCUGCUCGGGGUGCCCGCAAGCCUCACGUGCUGUACACGAUCCCCACCGGACAGAACCCCACGGGUGCCACCCAGUCGGUGGAGAGACGCAAGGCCGUAUACCAGGUUGCUCAGAAGCAUGACGUUUUCAUUAUCGAGGAUGAGCCGUACUACUUCCUGCAGAUGCAGCCUUACGCGGGCCCCGACAGCGAGCCUGUCCCGCCCCCGGCGAGCCACGAAGAGUUCAUCAAAUCUCUCGUCCCGUCCUACCUGAGCCUCGACGUCGACGGCCGUGUCCUUCGUGUCGAGUCCUUCUCCAAGGUCCUCUCCCCGGGAUCGCGAACCGGCUGGAUCGUUGCUUCGGAGCAGGUGGUGGAGCGGUUCGUCCGGAACUGCGAGACCUCCGCCCAGAACCCGAGCGGUAUCGUGCAACUGAUGUUUUUCAAGCUGCUGGAUGAACACUGGGGCCACGCCGGCUACUUGGACUGGCUGAUCAACCUGCGCAUGCAGUACACCGGUCGCAGAGACUCCAUGAUGCACGCGUGUGAAAAGUACCUCCCCGGUGACAUUGCCAAGUGGAUCCCCCCCGCCGCGGGCAUGUUUCACUGGAUCGAGGUCGAUUGGAAGAAGCACCCCGGGCUUGCAUCCGGCAAGACGCGCCAAGCCAUCGAGGAGGAGGUUUUCCACGCCGCCGUUGACAACGGGGUCCUUGUGUCUCGCGGCAGCUGGUUCAGGGCUGGUGACGCCAACGAGGAGAACAUGUUCUUCCGCGCCACCUUUGCUGCUGCCAGCUCGGACAACAUCGCUGAAGCGAUCCACCGGUUCGGUGACGCUUUGAGGGCCCAGUUUGGUCUGUAGAAAGACCCGGCUUGGACCGUAAUUACCAUAGAAAGACAUACUUAGAUAAGGCACGAAGAUAGAGAUUUUGCAUGUUUGGUCUGGCGUCAAGCAUUCUGAAUAUACACAUUGG